CAUGAGGAGAUAGUAUUGUAUUCUGCACUUCACAGAAGUUCGCAGUUUGCAGACUUUAUCGGUUGUACCUUUCGCAAUUCACACGUGCCUAUACACUCUUACUCACACUAGCUCUCUUCGUUUCUUGCACAUCUUCUUCAUUGACAACCUCGAUCAAUCAUACUGCUCAUUGUUAUAAAUUAACUUCAUUUGUUACAACAACUUUUCAAAUUAUGGAUUCGAGUGGUGCAUCAAGUUCGUUGCCCAAAUGGCAAUUGGCAUUAGCCGUUGGUGCACCGGUGGCACUUGGCCUUGGUUACAUGUAUUAUCGUAAUUGUAACCCCAAUGAUGAUAAAACAUCGAAGAAACAUAAUCGUCUGGUCAAAGAGAAUGGUGAAAAACAGAUAUCCAUUGACGGCGACGCUACAGGAAAAACCGGCAAUGCUAGCAUCAAAAAAGAGCAAAGCCCCUUGGAGAAAGCUAUACAUUACAAAGAUGAAGGUAACAAAUUUUUCAAUUCUGGAAAAUUUGACGAGGCUAUUGCCCAAUAUAAUUUAGCAAUUGAAGUAUGCCCUCAAGACAGUCCUGAUAUCCUUGCAACAUUUUACCAAAACAGAGCAGCUGCAUAUGAAAAAUUGAAAAAACUAAGCGCUGUUAAGGCUGACUGCACAACAGCAUUAAAAUUAAAACCUCAAUAUGUAAAGGCACUUAUUCGUAGAGCAAGAGCUAUGGAAUCAAGUAAUGAUUUAGAAACGGCUUUGGAAGACAUAACAGCUGCUUGUAUAUUAGAAAGAUUUCAGAACCAGAGUACUUUAUUGACAGCAGAUAAAAUACUCAAACAAUUAGGAAAACAUCAUGCGCAGGAGUAUAUGAAAACAAAAGUUCCAAUUAUGCCCAGUAAACAUUUUAUUAAUACAUAUUUUAUGACUUUCCAAAAUGAUCCUUUUGCAAAGGAAGAAGUGAAUGAAGAAACCAAAACGUCAUACCAUAAGGCUUUAGAAGCACUGCGGAUGCAACAAUAUGAUGACAUAAUACCACUUUGCAAUGAGGAGUUAAAUACUCUUGCAGCAGAUGACAAUUCACUACACAAAAUGAAAGUUAUUUUGCUGAGAGGUACAUUUUACUUAUUGAUGGGUCUUCAUGAAGAAGCAUCUAAAGACCUUAAUGCAGUAGUUAAUAGUGACAUAUCUUCAAAUGAUUUGAAAGUUAAUGCUCUCAUUAAAAGAGCAAGUAUGCAUGUUCAACUCGAAGAUCCUGAGAAAAGUUUUGAUGAUUUUCAACUUGCUGAAAACAUUGAUCCAAAUUUGGGUGACAUCUACCAUAAUCGUGGUCAGGUUCAUCUGCUUAUGGAAAAAGUUGACGAAGCUAAAGCUGAUUUUCAAAAAGCUGUAGACUUGAAUCCAAAUUUCGGGGUACCUUAUGUUCAAAAAUGUUAUGCUGAUUACCGUUAUGGUGUAUCUAAAAAUGAUAUGAACUUGGUCAAUUCUGCCAUGACAAAUUUCCAAAAAGCAUUUGAGAAAUUUCCAGACUGUGCUGAGUGUUAUACAUUAUAUGCUCAGAUGUUAGUUGACCAUAGAGACUUGACUAAAGCUGAUGCUUACUUCGUUAAAGCAGCUAAACGAGAUCCAGAAAAUGCAACAAUUCUUGUUUACAGAGGAUUGCUGCAAUUGCAAUCAAGUAAUGACAUUGAAAAAGCUGUUGAAUAUAUGCAAAAAGCUAUUGAAUUAGAUGAAAAAUGUGAAUUUGCGUAUGAAACAUUAGGCACUGUUGAAGUUCAAAGAGGAAACUUGAGUGAGGCUAUUUCUUUGUUUGAUAAAGCACUGGCUUUGGCUCGAACAUUUUUGGAGCUCACACAUAUUUUCAGUCUUCGUGAUGCUGCAAAAGCUCAAAUAGUUGUGUCUGAUAGAUUAGGAGAAGAUAUUAUUAGAUCUCUUCAGCACUGUUAAAUUAUUUAACAACUAUUUGUAAAUUAACUUAAAUUGCAAGAAGAAUAAGUACGAUUUUCAAUCAAAGAGUAUGAUUGUGUGUAUGAUUGUGAUAUUGAUAUUUGCAUCACUAACAAUAGACAAAAUUUAACGUGUACAAAGAUGCUUAAAUACUUUGCAUUUAUUAUGAACUUUAACUGGAAAAUCGUAUUAUAAUUCGAACGAAUCAUAAAAGAUUAUAAUUUUUAACCCAAAAAAUAAUUAGAUUACUCGCAGUAUUCUUUUCUCUUACGUUCUGCAUGUUCUAUAAAAAUUUAUAACAGUGAAAAAACUAAAUAGUAAAUUUCAAUGACUAUAAAGUUUUUUUUGUAUAAAAGUUAUAAAGUUUAUUUUUAUAUUGAACAUGUGAUGCAUUUGUUGGAUUUGUCACAAAUAUAUAAUGAAACAAGGAAUGGUCCAUUUCCAACCCAUGAAGCAAUUGACAAAUUACAUUACGUAACUGAGACGGGAGGUUGUCUAUCUUGCAAGAGUGUCAGUUUGCAACCCGAGCGUAGCAAGGGUGGCAUUGACACAAGUGCAAGAUUGACAACCGCCUCAGUUACGUAUAGCAUUUUUCCUCAUCGAGUGCAGGAAGUCACUUUUAAGAAUUUUCCGCACGGCGUGAUGAAAACAAUAUUUUCAACAUUCGUGAACUUUUAGCUGACCCAGCAUGUCGAUUUUUGAUAGUUAGACAGAGAAUUAUUGGAAAAAUAAGUUUUGAAAAGUCCCAAUUGUGGUAUAAUUGUGACCUUUUAUAAGCAGUUUUUUAUCUUAUGAUUCGUUCUGAAAAGUUUGAUUUGAAUAAUAAUUGUAUAUGACACUUUAUUGAAUUAAAAAUUCUUAUAAUUUAUUGUUAUUUAUGAAAAAAUGCACCUCAUACAGGUGCUUUGUACAGAUGUGUUAUAAACGAUCAUAUUUAUGAAUUUUGUAAGAAAUAUAGUGUGUAUAUUUCCUGCACUAGUCUGAAAAAUA